GUCUUCUUGGUAUCCUGGUUUUUCUCUAUUAUGUAUUAUGCGCUACUGUCCACUUAUUUGUUAUUGCAUUCCUUCAUUUAUCCAUUCCCUUUUGUUCCUAUGGCGUUGUUAUGGCUCUGCUAUUUUGAGGCAUGCCUCCUAAGAGAACUAGGGCUGUUCGUGAAGGCCUUGAUUUUCCGUCGACAUCUGCUGCUUCCCAACGCCCGGGUACAUCUGCUAGGCCUGUUCUACCUUUUUUGCUUCCUUUUCUUCUUUCAUUUUUAGGUGCUUUUGGUGCUUCUGUGCUGCCUCAUCGUACCAUUUUUCUUUACCAAUCUUUUCCCUCCUUUUUAUGCUGCCUCUUUUUUCUUGGUCUUAUUGCUUCUUACCACUUCUUAUUCUUUGCCACCCUAAACUAUAGGCCAACAUUUCUGGCCUAUUGUUUCCCGUUCCGAAUCUAACGCAAACCGUGCAAAGAGAAUACGGUUCAACAAGGCAAGGGUUAUCAUAAGGCAAGGUCUGUGCCCUAUGUGCAUGCCUAUUCUAUCCUUGCACAUGCAUUUAUUCGCAGUUUCCCGUUUAAAUUCGAUGCAUUGUAGGCCUUAUUCCACAGGGCCCACGUAUGGAUCACAUAUUUUCAUUUCCUCAGGAAUACAUUGAUAUAUUGAAAGGUAUACUUUUGUUCCUUCAUAUAGUUCUGUUCCCGCCGCCUUCUAUUUGUUCCUCAUAUUUGUUAUUUACAUAUUUGCUUGCAUUUUUGGUAUGUCUCGCUUUUGUUGUCAUAUAGCUACAUAUAAGGAUCGUUCUUAUUACGGUGGGCCCGAUUAUGCCUGCGAUAGGUGUUCUGCGAUUUUCUGGUACCAAGAGAGGAUUGAGACUCAAAGCUCGAUCAGUCAGCAUCGUACAGUUUACAAGAAUUGCUGUCGUGUUGGGAGAAUAUCAUUACCUAUGCAUAGGCCUUUUCCACCACCGUUGCAGGACCUGAUUCGCUUUGAUGCUGGUUCUCGAUCGAACAGUUUUAUGCGAAUGAUCCGACAAUAUAAUUCUUUGUUUGCCUUCACUUCUCUUGGAGUUGAUGUUGAUAGAUCUAUUAAUACUGGUGAUGGUCCUUAUGUCUUCCGUAUUAAUGGUGUUGUUCAUCAUCGUAUUGGUUCGUUGAUCCCCCCUAUUGGCAAGCGUCCUGAAUACGCACAACUGUACAUCUAUGACACUCUUAAUGAAUUACAAAAUAGAUUGAACAUGUUCCCUGCAGAAGAGGCUGAUAAACCCAAUCCUGAAAUUGUUUCUGACCUUAUUGAUAUGUUGAAUAGGGUCAAUCCAUUCGUCAAGAAAUUUCGAAUGGCAAGAGAUAGACUUAUGUCUCCAAAUGCACCUGAUGUUGCUAUCAAACUUAUCAGUUCUGUAAAAACACAUGAUGAUAGAUAUUCCCUUCCAACUUCUUCUGAAUUAGCAGGAUUACUAAUUGGUGGUUCUUCUGCUAAUACUUCUACUUUCGACGUUGUCGUCGAAGCUCAGCCCUCACAAUUCAAGCAGAUUUCCCCAAUCCAUCCAGUACUCAUGUCUUUGCAAUAUCCCCUAUUGUUUCCGUACGGCGACAAAGGUUUUCAUACUGCUAUCAAGUUGAAGGAAGCUGAUUCAGGUACUGUAGGAUCCCGUGAGGACGUUUCUAUGAUGGAGUUCUAUUGUUACUACAUGCAUUAUCGCAGGCAUGAGCCUAAUCCAGCCACUUGCUGUGGUCGGCUUUCCCAACAAUUUGGUGUCAACGCUUAUUCAUGUGUUGAAGCAAGCCGCCUUUCCUUUCAUUUCUUUAAUCAACACCUCUUACGAUCUGAAACAUAUCAAGGAAUAUCAGAUGCCAUAUGCCACGGUGCUUCCACAGGAAAAGAUGUUGGGAUUAAAAAGAUGUUGCCUUCUAGCUUUAUUGGUAGUAAAAGGUAUAUGCAACAGAAUUAUCAAGAUUGCAUGGCUAUUUGUCGCGUGUAUGGACCGCCCAAUAAAUUCACCACAUUCACUUGCAACCCAAAGUGGCCUGAGAUUAUAGAGGCUAUUCGUUUUGAACCUGGCCAGAAACCAUGUGAUAGAUCAGACAUGGUAGUUCGUGUAUUCCAUAUGAAACUUCAUGAAUAUCUCAAUGAUAUUAAGGAAGAUCGAAUCUUCGGCCCUGUACAUGCAAUGGCGCAUACUAAUGAAUUCCAAAAGCGUGGCCUUCCGCAUUCUCAUAUCCUUGUGUGGCAAUCUGCCACUGGUCGAGACCGAUCCGUUGCUGAUGUUGACCGCUAUAUCUCCGCUGAACUACCUGAUCAGAUCCUAGACCCGUUGGGAUUUUCUUUGGUUCAGGAAUUUAUGACCCAUGGUCCUUGUGGUCCUUCUAAUCCAAAUUCUUCAUGUAUGAAAGAUGGUACAUGUUCUAAAAGGUAUCCUAAAGAUUUUCACUCUGAAACUACCUUUGAUCAACAUGGGUAUCCUAUUUAUCGGCGCAGGAAUAAUGGGGCCAAAGUAUGGAAGCACAAUGUCAACCUUGAUAAUCGUUGGGUUGUACCGCAUAAUCUUGAUGUCCUGAAAAAAUACCAAGCUCAUAUCAACAUUGAAGAAUGCAACCAGUCAUAUUUAGUCAAAUAUCUAUUCAAGUACUGUAACAAAGGUUUUGAUUGUGCAAGGUUCAGUUUUAAGAAAAUCCCUCCCACUUCUGAUCAGCAAGGACUGAACAAUGGAGGCAUAGACGAAAUAGCAGAAUAUAUAAGAUCAAGGUAUUUGUCCUGUUGUGAAGCCACUUGGAGAUUGCUUGGAUUUGAAAUACAUGGUAAAUUCCCACCAGUUGAACGUCUCUGUAUUCACCUUCCUGGAAUGAAUUUUGUUACUGUCCGUGAUGACACUGAUUUGCAGGAAAUCAUUGAUGAUCCUGACUUUCAGAAGAGCAUGUUAAUUGAGUGGUUUGUUGCAAACCGCCGGUAUCCGACAGCUCGCAGCCUUACCUAUUGUGAGUUCCCCUCAAAAUACACAUGGGAUGCUGACCAUAAGCUCUGGAAACCAAGGAAAAGAGGCAUCAAGAUUGGUAGAUUGCGCUAUGUUCAUCCUAGCACUGAUGAAACUUUUUAUCUUCGCAUGCUUUUGAUGGUUGUUCGUGGUGCCAUGAGUUAUGAAGAUGUCAGGACAUAUGAAGGCAUUGUCUAUCCAACAUACCGUGGUGCAUGCCAAGCUCGAGGCUUGAUAGGAUGCAAUACUCGCUUCUCAAAGACGUGACAUCCGACUCACAUCAAUGGCAAGUCAGAACAAGGGUACUCCGAUUCUCUGAGUAUGUCAACAAAGCUCAACCGGCUAAAGUCCUAAGGCUUGAUCUCAUACUUCUUGAUGAACAGGGAACUGCCAUGGAAGGCUAGAUCCCCGAAAAUUGGGUUCAACAAUUUAAGCCAAUUCUAAAAGAAAAUUCCGUUUACUAUAUCCAAUAUUUUCAAGUACGUCCUGCCCGUACAAU